AUGAAGGUUGCUUCCAAUCACGUCGAGGUCACAAUUUCAAGGGACAAAGAGUUAAGUUCCUUUGUCGAGGCCGUGGUGCGGAAUCACACAAGGAGAUGUCCCGAAAAAGAAUUAAACCCGUGGCAGUCGGUUGCCCAGCUACCACGACAACCGCGCAGUCUCAGUUACAGCUGUGACCUCAAAUUUAGAAGGCCAAUAUUCUUUACGACAUUUUCGAGCAACUUUUAUCAAAAGAUGAACUUUGAUACGGAAAGGGCAACGUUUAUCAGGAAAAAUAUAGCCGUAUUCCCAGUUCGAAACCCUGGGAACCUGUUGCUGAAAACGGAUGAGUUCCAUGGGAACUUUUUGUCCUUCAGUCUUUACGUGGACUGUGUUAAUGCUACCACACCCGUAGCUCGCGUGACCACAGACGAAGUGAUAGCCUUGGUAAUUGAAUUAGCCAAUCCCCCCUCCCCCUAG